GGAAUCGGAACUGCAUUUUCAACUGCUGCAGGGCCUGCGAUGACCACCGCCUCUGCGAAGCAUUCUCUGGCGACGCUUCUAUCGCCCGUCCAAGAUCAUGACGCGUUCGACCAGCAAUGCAAGCGCCUGGCGCAUUUGAUCAAGACGUCCAAGCACCUUGUGGCAUUCACUGGUGCUGGUAUUUCGACGUCGACGGGUGUGCCAGAUUAUCGCGGUGAAAACGGCAUUCGAAAGAAGUCCCGGCGCACCGCGUCAUCAACGACGGUGCCACCGGUCAUUCCUGAUCUUCAUUCAUUAGUCCCAUCGCCGACUCACAUGGCACUCUACGAGCUGUACCGCCUCGGUUAUCUUAAACACAUCGUGUCCCAAAACGUGGACAAUCUCCAUCGGAAGAGCGGCAUUCCUCAAGCACAUUUGACUGAAGUCCAUGGCAACGCCACAUUUGCUCGCUGUGACACAUGCGAAAAGGUGUACAAGGACAACUUUCCGCUUACGGGGCUUUGCAACAACGAUGCAUGUCCGUCGAUGAAGAAGCCUGCUGGCGCGCGGCUGGCGAAACGAACGCGUCACGGCAAUGGACGUUUGAAGCGUUAUGUCAUUGGUUUCAACGAGCCCAUGGAUGAUAUCGACAUUGCCAUCGACCACUGCGAGAUCGCCGACACCGCGCUCGUCCUCGGCACUUCGCUGCGCGUGGAGCCGUUCUGCGAAAUGGCCGGGGACUUUGCAAAGCAAUUGAUCAUUGUGAACCUCCAAAAGACCCUACCGCGACUGGAUAAGCGUGCUGAGGAGACGGGCGUCAGGUUGUACGCAUCAUGCGACCUCGUCAUGUCCCGCGUGAUGGAGUACCUGAUGGCGGAUGUCGACCCUGGGUACAUCAUUCCACCGUGGACCGGGGAGCAUCCCGCCGAGGUCUGUCACUUUGAAGACGAGCCUGGCCACGCCGCAAUGGUCAAUGUGCUCGCGGGCACCAAGUCGACCCAGUUUCCCAGCGUGCUGGCGUAGCGGCGAAUUCGUACAUAUGGGUCGAUGUUGUGUAUUUAAUGGGACUUGACAGCGAAUUCGCGGGAUGCGGUUGGAAGCUUUGACUUACAUGAAGCAAUGCAAGAGAUGUGGGAGGCAGUCGAAUUGGAUGUGCCCACACACGAGCCGUGUCG